AGUACUUCCGCUGUCAAUAGAAGCUUCUUAGCAACUGCUAGCAAAGCGAUUGUAUACCUUUUAAUACUACAAAUCAUCUAAGCAAACCUAUUAUUUACUAUAAAAUUAAUAAACACAAUUGUAUGUUAUAUAUUAAUAGUUAAACUGGUCUGUACCUAAGUUUAAAGGCGAAUGUUUGCGCUUUAUUUUGAAGGAAAAAGGAUCUAUUCGCUAUUUUCUCUCUCUUGUUGACUCUGCCGCCAUAACUUUGAAACGUGGAUCGUAUACAGUCUGUCUUUGGAUAAACGUCAGUUGUGAGUGUCUCAUUUCAUAAAGCUGGACCACAUUAGACCACUUUCCAGAUAAACUUCGAUGGAACAAAUCUGAAUUAGAUCGUCCUCAGGAGACUGAAGAUUCAUUUUUAAAACCCUUAUUCUGUUUGUGAAAGAUCAAAAAGGAUGUUGUGAUGCUGGAGCCACGUUUUCCUGCCGGACUCUAACUGGAAACCCUCCAAACAUGCUUCGACCUGCUCGGAACAGACUGACUCCGUGGAUUGAGAGUCUGAUCCUGAGCUACAGCGUCCCUGAGGAGGAUGAGGAGGGUGAAGAGGAGCAUGGUGGUCGCAGCAGAGGCCAGCUGAGGGCUCACGUCGUCGGGGUGAACCACAUGUCUGAGUCCCAAGCUCAGCUCCAGAGCUCUGAGGACCCCACCGGGCUGCUCUACCUGUCCGACGGGCAGCUCCAGAUCCCGACCGUCCUCACCGCCGCCGCCUGGGAGCAUCUCCAGGACCAGGAGGACCGUGAGUGCUUCACCAGCCUGCUCAACUCCACCGUCUGCAUCCAGGACUACCGGCUGCUCUUCCACAUGGCCCCGGAGGAGACCAGGUGCAGGUUCUUCUUAUCGGUCGGCCAGCUGGCGACGGUCGCAGCCGGCCCAGUGAAGGACAAACCGCCCUGCUGCAGCACUUUAAACUCCGUUCAGGGGAAGAUCCGCCUGACGUGGAGGGCUCUGCGGGGUCAGGAGGACUCCGAGAGCCAGGACGGACACGAACUAACCGUGCUGCUGGACGAGUGGCAGCGCGACGUUCUGGAGGAGCUGAAGCAGGACAUCCGGCGGAGGCUGAACCCUCAACCCUCCACCUCCUCUCACCAGGCUUCAUCCACCCUCCACACCACUGGCUGGGACCUGGACAGGAUCAGAUACAAGGGAGAGGAGCCUUUCAGCGUCCCCAUGAGGUAUCUGCUCAUACCGGAGGACGCUGCUGGAGGGACGCGGCCUUCUGGUGGUGAAGCUCAGCAGCAGAGAUCUGAACCAGCAGCCGUGGAGGUCUGGGAGGACGCGAAGAGCUCACCUUCACCUGUGGAGGACAAGACGAAGAAGCCUUCAUCCAGCUCACCUUCACCUGUGGAGGACAAGACGAAGAAGCCUUCAUCCAGCUCACCUUCACCUGUGGAGGACAAGACGAAGAAGCCUUCAUUCAGCUCACCUUCACCUGUGGAGGACAAGACGAAGAAGCCUUCAUCCAGCUCACCUUCACCUGUGGAGGACAAGACGAAGAAGCCUUCAUUCAGCUCACCUUCACCUGUGGAGGACAAGACGAAGAAGCCUUCAUUCAGCUCACCUUCACCUGUGGAGGACAAGACGAAGAAGCCUUCAUUCAGCUCACCUUCACCUGUGGAGGACAUAAUGAAGAAGCCUUCAUCCAGCUCACCUUCACCUGUGGAGGACAAGACGAAGAAGCCUUCAUUCAGCUCACCUUCACCUGUGGAGGAGUUCGUGCUGUCGGAGGACAUCGUGCUGCCGGAGGACAUGAUGGACAGGCCUUCAUUCAGCCCCUGGGACAUAUUUCCUCCUCUGUGUCUCUCCCCCUCAUCCUCUGAAUCCUCCUCAGAAGAUUUACCUCCUCCAAACCCAGAUCCUGCAGCCGUCCACAGCACCAAGGAGUCCAGCUUCCUCCCAGCGUACCAGAAUCAGCCGAGCAGCGUCGUCCAACCUGCUGCUUCGUCCUCGGUCACUCCACCUGACAAAGCCCCAACGGGACAAAACCUCCCCGCUGUGGAGUCGGGCGUGGAGGAAACCGUGGAGAGAAAAGCCAGGAAGAUGAAGAGGAAGCGAAGCGAUCCAUCGCCUGAAGCUCUGAGCACGCUGGUGGAGGAGGAGCUCAGCACCAGUCCUCCGUCGUGGCUCUUUGACUCUCAGGCUGGAUCAGAGGAGACCGGCAGCAGCAGCAGCAUCAGCCCCGAACAGACCACAGGACCCGUCCAGAGGAAAACUCCCAGCAUGCACAGCGACAGCUCGCUGUUCUCCUACUCCUACAGGGUGACCGGACAGAACCUGCUGGAUCUGAGUCGGUUCAAAGUGGCUUCGUCGCUGCUGCAGUGGUCCGUAAAAUAUCUGCUGAAUCCAGAUCAGACGGACAAAACUCAGAAUGUCGUCUGAGGAGGUUCAGGUUUCACCUCUGAACAGUUCAGCUGCUCGGCUGUCGUUUCCGUUUGUUGGAUGUUUCUGCUCCAUGUGAUCAACUGGAGCUCAAGAGUCAAUCUGCAACUGUCAUUUCAAGCAAAAAUAACAAAUGUUUGAUGUUUCUGGCUCCUCAGAUAUGAAGAUUUGAUGAUUUUCUAUGUUGUACGUGAUGCUAAAGUGAAAAAUACAUUCAACUAAGAGAUUAGAACUGUAAUUCUGUACUAUUUUCUGACAUUUUUACCACAAAAUGAUAAAUCAUUUCAUUGAAAUUUCA